AUGAAACCAUUCUCAUUAGUUUCAACUUGCUUGUUCUUUUCUCUCACACUAUUCUCGAUUUCAUCGACCUCAGCACAAUGCAUUGAUCAACCAUCACCCAUUAAACCAAGAAAUAAAAUGGCAGUAGCAUGCUCAAUGGUGAAGCAGCCGAAGAAAAAUUUAAAAUUCCAUGUAUCAAAUGAAACGAAUAUGUUUGAUCUUCAAUUCUUUUGUGAAAUUCAAGAUAAAGCAUUAUGUGAAAAAGCAAAAUCCUCUUUCGAAGAAGCAGGUCGUAUAAUAACAUCGACUUUAAUAUUAAAUACACCAAUUAUAAUCAAUGCAACGUUUCAAGAUAUGGAAGAUCCAGGAAUAUUAGGAGCCGCAGGACCUUUAAGAUCAAUACCAAUGAAAGAUGAUGAUGGAAUUGAAAGGUUAUAUCCUCAAGCUUUAGUAAAACAAUUUCAACUUGGUUCACACCCUGAAUUUGCUCCUGUUGAUAUUGUUGCCGACUUUAAUUCAUUGGUCCCAUUUUGGUUUGAAGGUGAUCCUCCGAUCACCAAUAAACAAAUCGGGUUCUUGGAAUUAAUAUUACAUGAAUUGAUGCAUGGACUUGGAUUUAAUUCGGCAUGGUCUGAUAAUUUCCCUCAAGCUGCUACACCCGAAAUCAUUGGUUUAACAACAGAACCUGGUAUCACCGAUUUGAACGCUACGAUAGUUUUUCGAGGAUUUCAAGAGAGGGCUUUGGACAAAUAUUUAAUCUUAUUACCAGAUAAUAAAACAACAACAUUUUAUGCGAACGAACUGAAUAAAUUUGCUAACGGAUCAACUUUUAAAAAUGUUGAUGACUUUUCAGAUAAAUUUAUCGCUUCACCGCAAUAUUUAGUUGGCAAGGAAAUAUUUAGUUAUUUCGUCACACCUAAAUCUCUGGCUUUCAAACCAAGCGUUAGUGAUAAAGAAGAAGAUAUGACAUAUUUAGAAACUUCUCUAAAUCCUUUUGAACGAGGUUCCAGUAUUUCUCAUGUUGAUAUUGCGAUGUAUACUAAUACCAGUGAAUUCUUGAUGACGUACCUACAAGAAUCAGGUCGAACCCUCAAUGAUUCCAUUAGAAUAGGUGGAAACUUUGCCGGAGGUGCUAUAGGUUAUAAACUCAGACUAAUUCUAGAAAGCUUAGGAUAUGCUACAAGGGAGAACCCUAAACCGUAUAAUCCAUCUCCGCCUGUCUUUUCAGCCGAUACGUCGGACAUCAAUUCUUCGUCAAGAAUUACUUUUCUAUGUAAUAUUUAUUUGGCAUUCGCGGUUGGAAUAACGAUGAUUAUAAGUAACUUGUAA